AACUGUGAAAUUGUUGAGGAUCGUGUAGCUUUAUUCGCUUCGUAUGACAUUGAUGACAAUGAUGAUGAUGAUGAUGAUGAUGAUGAUGAUGAUGAUGAUGAUGAUGAUGAUGAUGAUGUUUCGGAUGAUGAUGAUGAUGAUGAUGAUGAUGAUGAUGAUCAAGAUGAUGAUUCGGAUGAAUCGGAUGAUGAUGAUGAUGAUGAUGAUGAAGAUGAAUCGGAUGAUGAUGAUGAUGAUGAUGAAAGGACGAAUAUAAUGAUGAUGAUGAUGAUGAUGAUGAUGAUGAUGAUGAUGAUGAUGACGAUGAUGAUGAUGCUGCUGAUGAUGAUGAUGACGAUGAUGAUGAUCACAGAUCGCCCGAUGGGACCACCUUGA